GAAGCAACGAAUGAUUAACUAUACUGUGAGAAAGUUGGUUGUUCUUGUUACCCUUGACCAACCAUGAAUGCUAACAGUAGCAACCCGUACGUCAUUUCGUUACUGUCAGGUUCAACUGCUGGACUUUGUGUUGACCUUGCAUUGUUUCCAGUCGACACUAUUAAAACACGUUUGCAAAGUUAUCGUAAUAACGUGCAAAGAACACCAGGAUCUCUUCGUCUUUUCGCUGGUUUACCAGCAGUCAUUGUGGGUUCCGCUCCUUCAGCUGCAGCUUUUUUUGUAGUCUAUGAAACCGUUAAAGAAAAUUGCAAAUACCUCGGUGUGCAUCCUGUAUAUUAUUCUAUGAUAUCCGCAUGUAUUGCUGAAGUUGUUGCUUGUGUCAUAAGAGUCCCAUGUGAGGUAGUGAAACAAAGGGCACAAAAUCAUCCUUCUCAUGGAGUUUCAACUGUGUUUAUGCAAACUUUACGCAAUGAGGGUGUUCGAGGAUUCUACAGAGGGUAUAUCAGCACAUUGUCACGCGAAAUUCCAUUUUCAUUUAUUCAGUAUCCUAUAUGGGAAUAUCUAAAAUCGGUAACUAUGGAGUGGAACAGAAAGACAAUUGGAGGUGAUCCCACUGCAGAUCCAUCAGUUUUCCAUUUGAAGGCCUGGCAAUCAGCUCUUUGUGGAUGCCUAGCAGGUACAAUAUCUGGCGCUGUGACUACACCAUUAGAUGUGGCGAAAACCAGAAUCAUGCUAGCAGAGUCGAAUUCUAAACUUGCAUCAGGUCAUGUUUUAUAUGCUAUGCGAACAGUGUUUCAAGAGAAUGGAAUCCGUGGGCUAUUCUCCGGCUUGGUACCCCGAGUGAUUUUAUUGUCUUUUGGAGGUGCAAUAUUUCUUGGUAUAUAUGAUAUUUCCAGAAGAUUUUGGAGUUUAACACUUCAAAAUUUUAGAAUAAUGUAAUAUAAUAUUGACCAGACUGCAUGAUAUGUAUAGUAUUAUUUUAUGUAUAUAGAGCUUGUAGUAGAGUUUUCGGUCCUUUUUUCUUUUUAGUACAUGGUUAUAUAUAUAUAUAUGCUUUCAUUGAGCAUUAUGGCUUUUCCAUUGUUGUUUUGCCUGGCUUUCUAUGGAAAAUGUUGUUCUUAUUUAAAUCCACCAUGAACACGAACCGGAGAUAAUUGACCUCAGUCUUUUUUAAUGAGAUGUCUCCCAUACACUGACAGAUGAUACUGUGGUGAGAGCUGUCUACUAGCCAAUUGGUUGACAGUAAUUGAGGUCAA